AUGGAGAGUUAUAGCGUCCAACAGCACGUGCAAAUGAUAAAAUUGUUUUAUCAAAGUAAGUGUUCUUUGCGAUCAACGUUCCGAGCGCUUCGCCCAUUUUACGGUCGCAAUAAUCGUCCUACCGAGAGGACUAUUCGCAAUGUGGUGAACAAAUUCGAGGAAACUGGUUCGGUGAACGCUCAACCACCAUCAGUACGUGAACAGAACGCAAGCACUGUACGCAAAAGUGAGCAGGAGAACCCGCGGCAGUCGACUCCGCGCCGCGCACAAGAACUGGGCCUCUCGCAGGCUUCAACUUGGCGAAUUCUGCGUCGAGAAUUGGGUCUGCACCCAUACAAGAUCCAAUUGACCCAGGAGCUCAAGCUUAACGGUCAUAGACAGCGCCGUUUGUUCGCUGAUUGGCUUUUGGAGCAGUUGGAAACAGACGCUGAUUUUGCCCGAAAAAUCUUCUUAAGCGACGAGGCCCAUUUCUGGAUGAACGGGUAUGCGAACAAGCAGAAUUGUCGAAUUUGGGACAAGACCAAUUAA